AGGCUGUGAACAACUUGUAGGAUUUUUUCAACACAACAACGCUAUUCGAAGAUUUUAUUGUGUAGUUUCAACAACUUCUUGAAAAAUUUGCUUUCACAAUAUUCCAAGAAAAAUAAGUAAGUACAUGGUCCUCCGUUUUGAAAUAAUUCCAGUAGGUGCCACUGAAUUUUUCACCGACACUCUGCUUUCGCCUCUUGAGCGUCGCAUCGGGCCGUUCUCCAUUUCGAUGCGAUAAGUGGCAGGCAGGAUGGCAGGACUUACCAGCGACUCUGGACGAGGACGCAGCAGGAGGUAGUUCCCAGCAGCCUCGAAAAGCUUCUUUGAAGAAGCUUUGUCACGGUGGCACUGUUCCAUCCGGGCAUUUAUUUUGGAGCCUCGGUUCUAAAUAAAAAUGCAGUUCGAGGACCAGCACCGCCUCCUCGACGAGGCGAAUGCCGUCGUCCGCGAGCAGGCGUUCUACAUGAAACGGGCCAUUGACAACGACAACUUGAGGGAAGCCCUGAAGCACGCGAGCAACUUGAUCUGCGAACUCCGCACCAGCUUGCUCAGCCCGAAAAAUUACUACGAGCUUUACAUGCUGGUAAGACCGCGAAAUUUUGUGAAUGGUUGUAAUGCGAUUGAGCAUUAUGGAGGCCUAUAGUUUGAAGGAAUACCAUUGCAAGACUAUGAGUCAACGAAACGAAACCCACCUCAGGUUUUUCAAGAGCUGCAAGUUCUCGCCAGUUUCUUUGCCGACUCGAGGCGGCACAACAAGCGCAUGUGCGACCUGUACGAGAGCGUACAGCACGCCGCGAACAUUCUGCCGCGCUUGUACCUUCUCGUCACCGUCGGCGCCAGCUACAUUAGUUCAAAGGAAGCGAGCGCCGGGGAGAUUCUGAAAGAUGUAUCGGAACUCUGCAAGGGCGUGCAGCAUCCAACGAGGGGGCUGUUUUUGAGGUACUAUAAGUAGAAGCGGUACGAAUCUGGCAUACAGAAUCUGGCUUACCAUGCGACACUGCAUUUCAGCAUGACAAAAAGCUUCAACACUUGCAUCUUCUAUAUCAGGUACUACAUCUCGCAAAUGAUGAAAAACAAGCUCCCCGACGUCGGGUCUGAGUACGAAACCUCCACGUGCGGCAUCCACGACGCGUUCGAGUUCAUCCUCGGAAAUUUUCUUGAGUCCAUGCGACUGUGGUGCCGAAUCCAGACCCAGGGCAAGGACCGGGCAAGGAGGGAAAAGGAGCGGCAGGACUUGUCCGCGUUGGUCGGCGCGAAUCUCGUGCGGUUGAGUCAGCUGGACGGCGUGACCUGGGAUUUUUACAGAGACCACGCGCUGCCAAAGUUGGUCGAGCAGUUGCUCCAGACGAAAGACGCGAUCGCGCAACAGUACCUGCUGGACUGCAUUAUCCAGGUAUAACCGAGAGAUUUUCGAUCGCCACGUUUGCGAAAGACACGAGCGUCGUUCUCGUUGUAGGAUUGUUUGGUUGAAAAAUCAGAGUCACCACACAGCACAUAUCCAAUCCUAAAAUUAUCAGGUUUUCCCCGACGACUAUCACCUUUACACUUUGGAAAAGCUCCUCGGCGCGUGCACACAGGUGCAACCGGGCGUGGACCUCAAGCAGGUGGUGGUCACGCUGAUGAACCGGCUAGCCCGGUUUGUGCAGAACUCCCAAGACACCAUUCCCGACGACAUUGACAUUUUCGGUUUGUUCAACAAUUUUCUCUCCCAAAUUGUCGACAAGCCCGCGACACCAUUUUCCGGCGCCACGCAAACGCUCGAAGUCGGGCCGUUGCUGGAGUUGCAGGUACAUCUAUUAUGGGGUAGUCUAUUAUGGAAAUUCUUGUUUCUGAGGGAUGAGCAUGAGCAACAGCAUGGGCGAUCAAAAGAUGACUCAAGAUGAACAGGUUUUUCAUCUAAGUGUUUGUUCUCACUACGUGUAGGUUCAUUUCCUUUUCAAAUGCUGAAAUCAGGUCGCCUUCAUGAACUUCACCCUUACCCUCUACUCCAAACCCCCGCCAAGUAGUUCCAGUCCGACGAGCGGCACAUCAGCACCAGCAGCGGUCUCCACCCCUUUACCCGCUAUUCGCUACGUGGAUAUCAUCCUUUCCAGUUGUGUCAAUCUUCUCCUUCGCCACCUUGGGUACGACAGCGAGGAGUCGACCUUGAUGAAAUUGGAAGAUUACCACGCAGUGGAAUCCGUCGUAGAAAUUCUGUCCGAACCGGUGAGAGCAUUGGGAUUGCAGGUCUUCGCUUUGGAACACUACGCAAACUUGCUUCAAUUGCUCCACUUCGGGGGGAGAAAGAAGGUGUCACUGGGAUUACUGAAGAUCGUCCUGGACAACGACAUCCGGCUGACAAACGAGGACGACCUGAAGAGGCUGCUGCGGUUGUUGACUCCGUUGUUACAAGACGAUCCAGAGCAAGGUGGAACACCGGCCAACCCGAACAACCCACGAAGUAGCCAAUUAUCGAGUAAUUCGGGAGCGGUACCAGAAGAAGAGGAAUUCGCUACCGAACAGGAGCUGGUGUGUAAACUGGUGCACCAAAUAGAACACCAGGAUACGGACAGACUCUUCGCUUUCUACACGGUGCUGAGAAGCUUCUUCGGACCAGGCGGCCCAAAGCGACUCGCGUUCACGCUGCCGACGUUGCUGUAUUAGAUACGGCAUUUCUACUUUGCUUUCUUUUGCUUUGGGUUUCAGUUUCUAGAUCCAGCAUUGAUUUCAGCGAUGAAAUUAUGUACCUGCUUCGUGCCAGUCACCAUGGGUAGUUCGUAUGAUGAUCUUGGAAAAACACUCUAUCAGGUACAAAAUCCUCGACCUGCUUCCCCGAAUCCGGCUUCGUGAGCUUGCCGCGCAAAACGGUGUGGUGGACCCCGUCACGCAAGUCCCUUACAAAAUACCAGAGAUCAGUUCAAAGAAAUUCUUCCUUUUCGUGCACAAGACCCUUUCCUCCGGCUUGAACGGCAAUGCCUCGGAAACCGCGGUGCAAAUAUGGCUGAAGUCCGCGAGCAUAGCGAACGCCAUCGACCAGGGGUCCGGUGCCUUUGCGGAGAUCUGCGCAGAAUUUGUAGAACAGAGUCUAGCGGUUUUCGAGGAGGACAUACAGGAGUCGCGGGGGCAGUUCCGCUGCAUAAAUCUCUUCGUCGGCGUGCUGGAGAACCUGUCUUGCUUGGAAGAAGCUGUCUACGACGGAUUCGCAGCAAAAGUGACGCAAUAUGGGGCGAAGCUGCUCAAGAAGCCACAGCAGGUACUUAUUAGUGCGCGAUUUUGAAGUCAUGCGAACAAAACAACUGUCUUGGAAACGAAAAGGAUGAGUAUCAUGCUUGCAUGCUAUUCACACCACAAUAUUCUCUAUCCACUAUGUCUUACAAAAAAUCCGUCUCUAAUACCCAACGACACAGGUGAAGGCCAUCAACAUCUGCUCCCACCUCUUCUGGAACAAGUGCCGGCAAACCGGCACCAAAGUGCAGGAAUGCCUCCAGAAAUGUAUUGCAAUGAAAAGUGCCCCCAUCCCCGAACUUGAAAGCAUUUGUAUUGCAAACCUUUCCAAAUGAAACAUUCGCCUUCUUGCAUGUAUCAGCAUCACAGAUUUCCGAUCGUGAAUAGCAAAAAUUUGUAUUGCAAAAGAUCCCGGCAAGAGCGGUGCUUGUCAUGCAAGCGAUGCGAAACACAAGUAGAAUCUGCAUCAGAAAGAUUCGUAUUCCUUUCAUGCAUGACAAAAAGUUUCCAUUUGGAAACUUCGCAUCACAAAUCUUUGCGACUUUGGGGGUGGGGGGCACUUUUCACUGUAAUAAAAUGCGUGCGCGUGUCCGAGCAGUGCGUUUCCACCAAUCCGAACAUGGUGAUUCUGUUCAUCGUAUUGUGAGGAAAAAUCCCCCCUCCCCAUAUCGAAAGCGGAAUUUGUGUUGCUGUAUGUGAGUACACAAAUCACAUCUGUCUUGCUAGAGAGGACUGCAGACCCAUAUCAAGCCUGAGCAGAGAUGCUUUGACUUAGGCGCUUAGCAUGAGAAGCGUCCGUGAUGUUGGCUCAACAGCAUGACAAAUCGCCUCCAUAAUGGGGCGGAAGCCUCUGCCCUUGUCGUCUUGCAAAACAAAUGCGAUUUGUGACCUCAAAUCAGCAACACAAAUUUUCGGAAACAUGCCUUUUCAAUAUGGGGAGGGGGGAUUUUUCCUUUUGAUACAUCGAGACUCUUGACAACUACAUCUACUACUACCAGCACGGUUGUCCGGAGAUCAACAUGCUCCAAAUCAACACGCUAUUAACGAUAUGUCGGGAGCACUGCCGGGCUUUGAUGGCCGGAGGGACCUCCGCCGGGAUGGCGGACGCCGAUGCGCGGGAAGAAUUGAAGGAGUACUUCCAGCAAAUCCUGAGCUGCUUGCGGGGGAAGAUUACCGAUCCGAAGUUCUUGGAUCUGGAUAAGAGCCUGCUGGGGGACAUUUAAAAUCACCAGUGAGAGGGGUGAUAAGUAUUUUGCUAGUAUUCCUUGCUUUUCUAAAGUUUUUCAGGGUGUCGAAAAGGAUACACCCUCCAAAUCCGAAUUCCAAAACUAAAACGUUGUCAUACACAAAAGGUUUUCGAACCAAGUCCUAUAGAAAAGUGAAAUCAACAAAAGGACCCCGUGGUCAAGAGGUUUUCUACCUCACAUCCGCGUGGCAAGGUUUUAGCGUAGAGAAAUUUUUUGAUAAGCAGCGACAAUCACAGACGACGAAUAAGGGCUGCACUUUCCUAGAAGAUGGCUCCUUCUUUGUCGAAGUGAUAUUUAUAAUACUACCUUCAGUUGUCUAGCCUUCAAAGUAAGGUGGGG